AUGAAGUUGAAGACAGUUGAUCCAAAAAACUCUCCUGAUGUAAGACAAUUCAGGAAAAUGGUCGAAAAAUUAAAUCCAUUUGACCAGACUGAUGACAUUGUCGAAUUCUUUACAGAGAGAUUUAAGAAAUAUAACGAAGAACAACUUAUUGAACUUGAAAUCGAAAAAGAGACAACAAAACUUAUUGAUGUAUUUUCAACUAGCUUUUUAUCACAUAUGGCUGAUAUUACAGUUCGCUUACAGGGUUUAGAAUUCCUUGUACAAUCAUGUCAGCUAUAUGAUUACACCUUAUCCGAAGAAAAUCGCUUGAUAUUGAUUGUAUCUGAGAUAGCUAACUCAAAUGAUUCUAAAAUCAUAAACACAUCUAUGAAAUUUGUUGAAAAAAUAACAUCUCUAUCAAAAUUUUAUCCUAUGUUCUUUACAGGGGAUAAUCUUUGCACAAUUUGGAACAGCAUAUUUGUAAGCAAUGUUACUCCUUCUCAGAUGUUUGGACCUUUAUUCAUUAAAGCAUCCAAGAACUAUGUUCCGCCAAAUAUCCAGUCUAUCCAGAAAUUCUUAGACAAGGCUACCGGAACAUUCGAGACUAAAUCACUCAAACCAGAAUUACAACCACGUGCUAUCGAGUUUAUUGGUGCUGUUAUUUAUCAAAUUGAUACAAAGGAGUUUGUCAAAAACUUCUUUGUCCAUAUCAAAGAUGAUUUAUCCCAUCUUGGAGAUUAUCAGUCCGUCCAUAACCUCCUUAUUGCCAAGUCAACAGAUGAUACCACGAUUUGGCUAUUGUUCAAUGAAAUCUUCCAGCAGGAAGGUACAUCUCGCGAAAUGCUUCUUAACGCACUUAAGACAGUUCACCGCAUCCGUGAGCAUGAACAAUGCCACAACUUUGACCUUACGCCAUAUGUCAAAAUCUGCGCAGAGCUUGACAAGGAAUAUCAGCGUUAUUUAUUCGAGACAGCUCAGUAUUAUUCUAUCGAAGUCAGGAUAUCAAUCUUCAAGGAAACUUUCCCUCCAUGGGUUACUCACGUAGAUUCAGAGAUGCUUGCCAUUAUGGUGACAGGUUCCGAUUGGGAAGGCCACUAUGACGAGCUCGCUUCAAUGAUUCGCGAACAUUCAGAUUUUCCAACACUUUAUGAAAAAAUCAUCGAAGACAGAUUCGUUAAUGAAAUUUGCAGCUACAUUUUCUUACACGUUUCCCAAGACUGGGCCGAUUCUUACGAUUGCAUUAAGGCAGGUCUUGAUACUACUCUUCAUGAAUCCGAUAGAUCUCUUAAAACAAUCGAAGCCAUCGCUACAAACGUUAAUCCAGAACUCUACGUUGAGGUAUUGGUCGAAUACCUUAAACAAAGUAAGGUUAAUGCUUUGGUAUUUAAUACAUUUGGCCAAGUUGCUUACAAGAGGAAGGAUUUCGUUAAGGCCUUCGUCCACCACAAGGGCCUUGAGACAUUAACAAAGCAUCUUGGCAUUGUUCCAUGCCUUGACUUCAUUGCAUUAUUGGCAUCUGACGGACCACAUGAGGCCAUUGACCAGUUCAUCAGCCAGAAUGACUUCCAUGAUCUCGAUACUUACGCUAUUUGCCGUCUCAUGUGCGGUUUACCACAAACAGCUACAGAAUUGGCAGUUAUCCGUAUUCCAGCACUCUGCAAGUACGUUGAUCCAAAUCUUGAGACAAUCUACGACAAGUAUGUCUUCGGAAAAUACGUUGAAAGAUACAUGACACCAAAGGAUGAUCUUUUAAUGAAGGCUGCCCACACAUACAUGUCAAAAGAUACAGCAGAAAGAUAUCUCAAGACACCAGAUAAACUUCUUGCAUUGCUUGCUGAUAUCGAACCACGUGGCAAUCUCUAUCAAUUCCAUCCACGUGUUCCACAGAACAUUGCCUUCCUCAGAUCAAUGGGUGCCAUAUCAUUCUGGAUCUGGGUACAAAAGAACAAUGGUCCAACACCAUUGUUCACUGUUGCAGAAACAACAUUAUCUAUUAAUGAGAACAAAUUCUGCAUCAAUGACAUCACAACAGAAUGCACACUCAACCAUUGGCACAUGAUCACUUUCGUCACUAAGUCCCUUAACCCACUCGCUCCAACAACAACAGUUUACAUCGAUUGCGUAAACUUUUACACAAUUUCUGGAAAAGGUGACAUCACUAUCGGCGGACCAGGACAAAAGUCAAUCUGGUACAUGGAAGAAAAAGUGACAGAUUCAUCCAACAUCACCGAAGAAUCUUUACGCGAGACAUACGAUGCAGGUCCACACUCAUCCAAGUCACAAGUCAAACUCGAUCUCCUUUACGUUCCAUACGGUGGUGUCAUUGCCAAUUUCCCUGCAUACGGUGGCAACGAUAUCUUCUGGAACGCAUGUUUCAACUGCAAGCUCGAAGUCCAUAUGCGUGGUCUUAUCGAGUCUGCUUUCUCUCUCGCACAAUCCGGUGUCUUCACAAUGGAUGAAUUGUUCAAAGGCUUCAAGGCAACAUUUAUUCAGCGCCCUGAUCUUUUGACAACAGACAUCGCACAGUGUUUGGUUGAAACAUCAUCAAAAGAUCCGAAAUCAUCACCAGAACUCCUUCGCCGUUUGUUCGGAUCAUUCUUCUAUUUGGCGGCACCAAAUGUCGAUCACACAAAUCUUCCAGAAGUCAUCGAAAGAAUUGCGGAUCCAUCAGAUAUAUUGUCUAUCCUCUUGAUGUCCGUCAUCUUCUUCGAUCUCAACGAGGAAACAGUCAACAGAUUCUUCGAAGUUAUCGAAAAGGUCGUCAAAUCCAAACCAACACUUGUCAAGAAACUCUUAACAUUUGCUCGUGGUUUGCCAUUCAUCGACGAAGAGACAAUCAAGACACCAGAAGAUCCAAGAUUCGAUGUCCAUCAAGACAGAGUUCUUGACAUCGCAAUCAAGGCAGGAUUCCCACAAAAGGCUGAUGAAAUUCUUGAUUCUUUCUUGACACUUUCUCAACGUCAGAUGUUAGUUAUCUUCAAGCUAUUCACGAAGAAGUGCAUAGCUAAUAAUACAUUCUUUGAUGUUAAGACAUUCCAAGCUCUCGAACAAGGUUUGCAAGGAUUUGUUUUGAAUGAAGAAAUGUGGCUUUGCAUGUUAUCCCUUGUUGGUUCUUAUGAAAUCAAGACAUUCAAAGAUUUCAACAUUGCAGAAAUCCAAGAACCAAACAUCAAUGUCGUCCACAUGAUGAUCUCUUUGACAACUGUUUUAUUACAGCGUGUCACAAACGAUCCAGAGAAUGAACUUGCUCGUACAAUUGUCAGCAUCGUUUGCAAGAUUGUCGUUGAACUCUCGAAGAAGGGAGAAGACAUCAUCCAACACUUCGCUCCUUUGUGUGCUGUUGGCUACAACCAAUUCCAACCAACACCAUUCCCACACACAUUGGCUCCUGAUGAGUCAAUCAAGACAAUCGAUGCUGCUUCUCCGAAGAAACCAGAUUACAUCACUGUUGAAGAUAUGACACUUGUCGAAGAUGAGAUGUCAAAGAUCGAGAACUGCCCAGAGCCGAAGUACAAACAGCCAGAAGAUGUUACUUUCGAUGAUAACACAGCUAGUGCAAGAGAGAUUUCAAGAACAGCUUCAACAUUACUUGCACAAAGCACUGUCAAUCUUUCUUCAUUCAAGAAAGCUCUUUACUUAUUGACAGUUCAAGGCGCUGAUGUUAAUCCAACAGUUGCUGUUAUCAUGCACAGAUCUAUCAUCUCAGAUUUCAUCGCCAUAAUCAAUGAUCAAGGCGAAGAAUACACUCUUCCUCAGGAUAUCAACAGCUACUUGCUUGAAUUCAUUUCAGCACGUCUCAUGGAAGGAUGGUGGAAAGAUUACGAGAAUAUCAUCAUCCGCCAGAUCUUCAACCUCCAUCCGAUCAACGAGGCGGCAUUCUACCCUGUCUGCCUCAUUACCGAUCCAGUUGGCUCUGCAGAAAAAGUUAUCAGUUCUUCAGUUUUCUCAGGAUUCACAAGAGAAGAAGAUAACUGUGCUUUCAUUGCAAAAGUCAUCUUAGAUAACGAAGACUUCCCACCGGAUUGCAUCGAUUUGCUUAUCAAUAAAUCACUCAACUCUAAGUUCAGUGAUGCAUUGAAGAAAGACAAGUUGAAUGCCUAUUUCACACAGGAAAUCAAGGAUAAGGCUGAGAAGUUCAAAGAAGGCGCAUACAACCAGAUCAAGAAGGAUGAACCAGCAGCACAUCAGUUGAGAUUCAAGAUGUCAUCACGUCCUCAAUCACAACUAUUCAAUCACCGCAGAAACGUUUCUUCCUUCAUUUGCAGACAAUACAUGAAGCGUAGAUUCGCUAUUGUCUACAACAUGAACUGCGUUGAUUCAGAAGAAAUCAUUGGACGUGUUUUCCAGACACAGCAACAACAGAAAUACUUCUUGAAUCCAACAGAAAAGUACUGCGUCCAGAGAUCUUCAUCACCACUUUCUGUUCCUUCCAAAGUUAUUCCUCUCACAUACGAAUUCGUUUCUCCACACCAGAGAUCAACGAAUUCUCUCCAGUUCGUCAUGAGCCAACACGAGACUUAUCUCAAGUUCACUGUCGACUCAAUGAGACAUCCACAAUCUGCAUCACAGUGUUUGACAGGAAUUCAUCUUCCAUUGUACAUUUACGAUGGAAUUGUCUGCGCAAAGGUGUUUAUGGAGAAGUUCGGCGUACAGUCACUCUUCCAGUGCUCACUCUUCAUGUCAUCAGAACUCCUUUCUUGCGUCGGUGCUCUUACAAAGGAAACAUUCAUCCUCUUAAUGAAUGCUUCUUACAAAGAUGGCAGUUUGACAGUUUACAAAGGCUCUCAAACAUUAUGUUCAUACGAACCACUUGAAGAUUCGACCGCUGGUUUGUGGGGUGAGUCCACAUUGUUCUUCCACAACCCAGUUCUCCUCAUGGAAAUCGAUGGUAUCUCAAAGAUCGAAAAGAGAAGAUUCGUUUAUGAACAACGCGCAUUGGAUAUUUUCAUGUGCGAUGGCCGUCACAUUACAUUGAUUUUGGAUGAGAAUGAACGCAAGACAUUCCUUUCUAAGAUCAAACCACCGAAAGACGACGAUUUGCUCUCAAAGCCAAUCGCAGAAAUCACAAAGAUGUGGUGCAAGGGCGACAUCACAACAUACGAUUAUCUUCUUGCUGUCAACGAUCUCGGCGGUCGUUCCUUCAACGAUUUCUCACAGUACCCAGUCUUCCCAUGGGUCAUUGGCGAUUACACACACGAUCCACCAACAAAGAUGAGAGAUCUCACGAAGCCAAUGGGUAUGCAGACAGAAGAAAGAGCUAAGAGAUUCAUCACAACAUACGAAGAAUCUCCUGAGCAUUACCAUUACGGAACACAUUAUUCACAUCCAGCAGCUGUUUUCCACUUCAUGUUACGUCUUGAGCCAUACACAUUGUUCUUCUUCCAUUUGCACAGUGGUUGGGAUCAUCGUGAUAGAAUCUUCUGCGAUGUCAAUGAUAGCUGGCUUUCAGCAUCAGAGACAAACCAGACAGAUCUUAAGGAACUCAUCCCAGAAUUCUUCUCAUUCCCGAUGUUCCUUAAGAACACAAACGAUCUUCCAAUCCAAGACAGAACAGAUGGAAAAAAGAUUUCCAAUGUCAUUCUUCCACCUUGGGGAGCUGAUCCACUUCAGUUCAUCUGGAGAAACAGAAUUGCUCUUGAAAACCAAGACAUUUCUCCAUGGAUCGACUUAAUCUUCGGUUACAAAUCACGUGGACAAGGUGCAAAGGAUGCCAACAACUUAUUCCUUCCAACAGCUUAUUCCCUUACAUCAAACAUCAGAGAUGAAAACGGAGAAAUCGUUGCAAUGGAUCCACAAGGACAAGCUGAUGCUGUCAACAACUUCGGACAGUGCCCAAUCCAAGUAUUCCAGCAACAACAUCCACCACGCGAUGUUGCACAACUUGUAACAAUCAUUAACUCUCCAAUGUACAUCAACAUCACUAAGUUGGUCACUCCAGAAGGUGUCAACAAGGUUUACAAUGAAGAAGGAAACAUCGUAUUCACAGGAGAUCAUGAAUCUCGUCUCGGCUUCAGCAAGAGGAGAAUUGAUGAAUGUGUAUCAUACACAAAUUCACCAGAUUCAUCAAUGGUUGCUGUUGCUUCUCCACAUGGCAUUGUUACAAUCACUUUCGCACUUAACUACUCCACAAAGAACAUCGCAUUACCAGGAUCAAUGCCAGUCUGCCUCUGCUUACCACGUCUCGGUCAUUUCUUGCUUGUUUCCACUGAGAAGGGGUUGUAUGUCUUUGAUAUCGUUAGCGGAUUCCUUUCGAUGAAGAAAGAUCUCGCGGGAAUCAAAGCAAUCGCAUACGACGACAUCUCACACGUCAUCUACGCGAUGACAGACAACAAGAUCUACUGCAUCUACUCAGAUUUCACUGAUAUCGCUGAUAUCGAGUUAUCUGAAGAAUGCAUUUCCAUCACAGAUUCCGCAAGAACAUCAUUCGAUGAGAAGCCAUUCUUCGCAGUCGGUUUCGCUAAUGGACAUGUCGCAAUCUUCGAGUUGGACAUCCUCCAGAAGAAGAUACAACAGAUCUUCGAUUACUCUGUAUCUCAGAACCCAAUCAUCUCUCUCAGAAUCGUUGCAAAUGGUGGCGCAAUCGUUGCUCUCGAUGACCAAUCCCAGGCUUACUCUGUUUCUCCAUCAAAGAUCGGACGCAAGUUUGUCCAGGACGAGUUGUUCGACGCUUGUGUCUCUUGCGGAGAGAAGAAGCCACAGCCAAUCGGUGGAAUGGUCAGUGUCGCAAUCGGAAGUGGUUUGUGCACAGUCUGCGGCAGAUACACAUGCAACAAAUGCCUCGUCAAAGGUGUUUGCCAGCGCUGCAGAAAUGAACCACUCAAACCAUACGAGCCAACACCAAUCACAGCUCCUGUUGCCGCAGAAGGCGAAACAGGAGAACCAUCACUUCCUGUCGCAGAGAGAUCAAUCGAGUUACCUGAUAUGCCAGUUGAACAAAUCGAAGUUCCAGAUUCAUCUUCAUCCUCCUCAUCAUCAUCAGACGACGAAGAGAAACCAAAGGAGAAAGAAGAAGAAAAGAAGCCAAAGGAAGAAGCAGCCGUCGAAAUCAAAGUUGAAGAAGAAGAAAAAACAAAGGAAGAAGAAGAAGAGAAGCCAAAGGAAGAAGAAGAGAAGCCAAAGGAAGUUGUCGUUGAAGCUAAGGCUGAAGAAGAAAAGCCAAAGGAUGAAUCAAAGAAGGAAUAUUACUCAUCUGACGCUUAUUACUCCGAUUCAUUAUCUGAAAAGGAGGAAAAGAAGGGAGAAGAGAAACCUAAAGAGGAAGAAAAACCAAAGGUUGAAGAGAAGCCUAAGGAAGAACCAAAAAAGGAAGAAGAGAAGCCAAAGAAGCAGAAAGUUGAAUAUUCGGAUGAUUACUCUGAUGCUUAUUACUCUGACUCCGAAUCAUCUGAAAAGAAGCCAAAGAAGGAAGAAAAGAAGGUUGAAAUCAAGGUAGAAGAGAAGCCAAAGGAAGAACCAAAGAAGGAAGAAGAGAAGAAGCCAGAACCAAAGAAGGAGGAAGAAAAGAAACCAGAACCAAAGAAGGAAGAAAAGAAGAAAGAUAAUGAUUACUAUUAUUCCGAUGAAUACUACUCUGAUUCCGAAUCAGAAAAGAAACCAGAGCCAAAGAAAGAAAUCAAACACAAGAAACUUUCUAUUGUUGAAUACUCAGAUGAUGAGAAAUUCAAGUUCGAAGAGAAGCCAAAGGAAGAAAAGAAGCCUGAACCAAAGAAAGAGGAAAAGAAACCAGAACCAAAGAAGGAAGAAGAGAAGCCAAAGACAAAGAUUGAUGUCGAAAUAAAGAAGAAAGACAACGAUUACUAUUAUUCUGACGAAUACUAUUCUGAUUCAGAAGACGAAAAGAAGCCCGAACCAAAGAAGGAAGAGAAGAAGCCCGAACCAAAGAAGGAAGAAAAGAAACCAGAACCAAAGAAGGAAGAAAAGAAACCAGAACCAAAGAAGGAAGAAAAGAAACCAGAACCAAAGAAGGAAGAGAAGAAGCCAGAACCAAAGAAGGAAGAAAAGAAGCCAAAGAAACAAGAGAAGAAGGACAAAGACAUCUCUGAAUCAGAUUAUUACUCCGAGUCUUCUGUUGAUUACAUCACAACACUAAAGCCAAAGGAAGAAAAGAAACCAGAAGAAAAACCAAAAAAGGAAGAAAAGAAACCAGAAGAAAAACCAAAGAAGGAAGAGAAGAAACCAGAAGAGAAACCAAAAGAAGAGAAGAAACCAGAAGAGAAACCAAAGAAGGAAGAGAAGUCUAAGAAGAAAGAUGACAAGAAGAAGAAAGGCAGUAAGAAGUCAAAGAAUGAUGACCAAGAACUUCCUCAUCAUCACCAUCACCGCAGCAAGCAUCGCUUGCACGAUGAAGGCGGAAAACACACUCACCGCCAUGGCCAUGGUGUUCAUCACGCACAUAAGGGCAAGAAUAAUGAGUAA